AUGGAUUCUUGUCCUAACUUUAGUUUAGGACUUAGUCAGUUAGAUAUACCUGUUGGGUUUGUUCCUGGUACAUUUGAUUUUGAAGAACUCGAUUUCACAGAGAAUCAUUCAAAGCAUCGAAAUGAUCCCACAACAAUGAAGAAAUUGAAGGAAGCAACCACUUCCAAAUCAAAGAAAUCAACUUCAAAAAUGGCAAGAAAGAAGAAGUUUGAUGAUUCCGGUAGACCACGUCUUCCGAAGGGCAUGAAAUAUCGUAUAGAUAAAGUACCGGAGCACUCUUUGCAUAUUUUGAGCUUAUUCAACCGUGUGCAACUGGAUUGGGCAGAUUUCAAAAUGCUCCUUAUGCUAGAAAUCCAACAACAUAUUAAGGACGAGAUACAUGUGCAUGUGCAGGGGAAGAUUUUGAAAUUUACCAUUAUCACCGGCAUGAAAUGCACCGGUGAUAUUGAUGAGUUUAUGUAUACUUCAUCAUCAAAAUCUCCUUUGAUGUUGAAGUAUUUUCCUGAAUCUGGAGGUGGUAUAACUAGAUCAAAACUGAUAACACGUGUGAAGAUGGGAAAUUUUGAGAACUCUGAAGAUGCUUUGAACCUUGCAAUAUUAUAUUUUAUUCAUACAUUCAUGUUAUUUCAGCAUAAAGAAGCACCAAUCAAUAUAAAAAAAACUGCUUUGCGACAUAAAAACAUCAUCCCAAGAAUACUUAACUGGUCUGUUGAGUGUACAAGGCCUAAGUACGAAUCUUUUAUGUCUGGCAUGUUCAGUAAGUGUUCUUUCAAGAAUUUACGGCCUACAAACGAAGAAGUUCGUACUUUAGAUUUGUCUUUCUCUGAGGAUUUUGUGGUUUUUGAUCCUAUAUUUGUUGUUUCCUCUUCUGUUGCUGUGAAAAUGCAAACGGCAGGCGAUGAAGAUCAAUCGCGUGUUGUCACUGGAGAUGACGACUAUGAUGAUUUCACCACUGGACUUACUCAGGAAUUUCUAAGAAAGGCUCGUUUGGCUAAACCUGUAUCAACUGAACAACUAUCCAAAAGAAGAAAGACAGUUAUGUUUCAGGAAGUUAGUCCAGUUGCGACAAAUGGACAGAAAUCAACAAGUUCUCAUUCAGUAUGUCGUGUAUCGGAAAUUGGUGUUUCCCCUGAGCGCGAACAACUCAAGUUUGUUCCUUCGUCUUCCUCAAUGCCUGAAAGGACUUCUAAGUCUAAUUUAGAUAUGGAGCAGAUAAAGAGUUACAUCAAAACAUAUGUGAAUGAAAAAAUUGCUGAGCUGAAAACACUAAUCUCCAAUAUACCUAAUGAGGUUGUUAAAGCAUUGAAGAAAGAAGAGAAUAAAGAAUCUUUGCAUGAAGAUGAGUACACGGGACCAGUCAUUGACAUAACAAAUGAUGAACCAACAGUACUUGAACCUUUGAAAACAGAGAUCCAAGAUUGUGUCCACAUUCAUACUGAAUGUCCAACAAUAGCUAAGGAUGAGCAUAAUGACGCAAUAGAAGCAGGUUGUACUGAAGAUCUGACCAUACAUCAAAGCCCUCACAUGAAGCAUUUAGAGGAUGAGCAUAAUGAUGCAAAAAAAGCAAAUUGUAAUGAAGAACUGAGCAGAGAGCAUAGCGCUCAUAUGAAACAUUUAGAGGAUGCACUUAUUUUCGAUAAAGAGGAAGCUACUAUCAAAUAUUUGGGAAAACAGCAUACUCCUGUGAUGGAUGAGUAUAUUGCCACAAAAGAAUCAUUUUGUGCUGACGAAUUGAACAAACAUCAUAGUACUGAUGUGACAGAUUUGCAGGAUGAUGUGAAUGUCAUAUUAACGGAGUCUGAUCAAGAUGCUUUAGACACACUAAUAUUUGGGUUGUCAACACCUUCGAAUACAAAAAAAUUCGAUGUUGUUACACCAAAUUUAGUGACGGAAAAGACAAAAAAAAAGUCAAAGAUUUUCAGGUCACCAUACAUCACAAAAUUUGGAUCGAGCUCUAAAGAUGAGGGCAGUUCUGAUAAUGAAGAGAAGCAGAGGUAUGCUUUUGAUGGUUGUACCAUUUACGAAGACAUGCCUAAUCAAUUGAUCAACGAUUAUUCACAGUGGCUUGAACUUGGGUUACUGAAAUAUCAUGCAUCAAAGAAACAAACAGACAAUCACUAUCUAAAAAAUGCUCCAGGAUUAGGUUCUCCUCUAUUGGACUUUAUUGUUGCACAAGCACUCUCAAAGAAUUGGUUCUACUUGAUGAUGCAACCCAAAAUGUGUUGGAAUGAUGAGACUGAAAGAGUUGACUGGUCAACACUUAAAGCGUACGAAGGGAAACUUCGUCUGGAAACUGGUGAGAUAAGUCACAACCCAUUUGAUGUUGAAUGUGUCCAAAAUAUUCCACAACAAGCGUCUGAUAGUUUGGACUGCGGGGUAUUUGUGACUGCAUAUGCAGAAAUAUUGAGUGAAGGGCAGCAAGUUCCUUCAUGUGAGUUUGAAGCUGCUAGUCAACGUGCACGUUAUGCUUCGUUACUAUGGCAUUACUGA